UGGAAACUAAAUUUCUUAAUUAGCAUUGGGAACUAACUACACUUUAACGAUAUUAUAUGUGGCAUUUUAUCUAAACCAACCACUAUGAAAUUUGGUAGAAGGGAUCAAAGUUGGUGGAAAAGCGAUGCAUUUUUUGAUUGUGUACGCGGUUAAGGCAGUGGUGGGUUACUAUGUAUUGACAACGGGGCUCCAAUAUCUUGACCCGAACCGUGAAACAUCGAAGAAGGCUCAUGAGCAGAAGAAAGAGAUUGCAAAGCGUCUAGGUCGUCCCCUCGUUCAAACCAAUUCUUACGAGGAUGUGAUUUCAUGUGAUGUUAUAAAUCCUGACAACAUUAAUGUGGAAUUUGACUCCAUUGGGGGACUUGAAACUAUUAAACAAGCUUUGUUUGAGCUUGUUAUUUUACCCCUUAAGCGGCCCGACUUGUUUUCGCAUGGUAAGCUCCUUGGACCACAAAAGGGGGUCUUGUUGUAUGGACCUCCUGGCACUGGAAAAACUACACUUGCAAAAGCUAUUGCCAAGGAGUCUGGAGCAGUAUUCAUUAAUGUCAAGAUAUCCAACCUCAUGAGCAAAUGGUUCGGGGAUGCCCAAAAGCUCGUGGCUGCCGUAUUUAGCUUGGCUGAUAAGCUUCAGCCUGCCAUCAUAUUCAUUGAUGAAGUAGACAGUUUUUUGGGUAAACGACGUACAUCAGAUGACGAGGCUAUGUUAAGCAUGAAAACGGAGUUCAUGGCUCUAUGGGACGGAUUCACCACCAACAAGAAUGCUCAGGUUAUGGUGCUUGCAGCAACUAAUCGUCCUGCAGAACUUGAUGAAGCAAUACUCAGGCGGUUUCCUCAUGCUUUUGAAAUUGGAUAUCCAAACCAAAGAGAGAGGGCUGAGAUAUUGAAGGUUAUCUUAAAGGGGGAGAGGGUUAAAGAUAAAAUAGACUUCGGUUAUAUAGCUGGGUUAUGUAAGGGUUACACUGGUUCAGAUUUAUUUGAUCUUUGCAAGAAGGCUGCAUAUUUUCCUAUUAGAGAACUACUGGAUGAUGAGAAGAAAGGGAAACAAACCUGUGAACCUAGACCUUUGUCGCAAUUAGAUUUGAAGAAGGCCCUUUCAACUUCACGGAAGACAACUGUUGCUGCAAAUGAAUACAGUAGAAUGAACCCCCGGAUCCUUAAAAUUUUGAGUUUCUUUUUUUGUUUGUUUUUGUUUUGUUUUUGGUUUACAAAAUAUUGAGUUUCUUUAGACAAUUCUUCUACGGUCAUUUAUCUUAGUCCAGAUUGCAACAGCAGUUACUUCCUUUGGUAAACUACUAGUUCUCAAAUAUGUAAUAAUAUCCAUCCAUCGUGGUCGCGCAAAUGUUGGUUUUGCUUUUUUGUUCAGAAUUUGAUGCAUCAAUCCUUGUAUAACAUAAUAUUUUAUAUUUGCCAAAGUUUAUUUAUGAACACAGUUGGUUAAUGCAAAGAUAUUUUUGUCGCUC